GUGACGCUGAGGACAAAGGCGGUGGCGACCGAGGCCGCCCUCGAACGAAAGGCGGGCGCUUUGCUUCGGACCGCUUCCGGGGCAAGUUCAAGAAGCGCUUCAAGCAAGUGUUCCACGCGAUCCGCGAGGAUGGGAGUGACGAGUCUUCGUCGAGCAGUGACGGGCCCUCGGAAGGAGAUGGGCCCCCCCGCGAUGAUGAUGAGAGGGAUGGCUCUGGCUCCUCAACGGAGCCUUCGGAAGGUUUGGAACAGCAGGCCCCCGCCGAGAUCUUCGCCCAGGAGCACAGAGCAAAGAAACGUGUCAACGAGUUAAAGCAGAUGCGGCAGUACUUCCAGAAGGGCACCAACGGCGACCGCACGAAAGCCUGGGUGAAGGAACAGCAGAAGACCGAGCCGUGCUUCCUCUGCCAAAAGCUUGGACACUGGUCGCAAGAAUGCCCUCUUCGUAAGCGUGGAGGCCACAAGCAGUCAUCCUCCCACCAGGUUCACGUGACGUCUGGACCGUACAAGUCGGAUCCUGGACAAUGGGAGCUCCUGCAGUCCAUCGCGGAACACACGGUGGGAGAUGUGUGCGAGGGACAGUCAGCAGCACAUCCAUGUUUAGUCACGGUGGCCAGUGAAUGUGCUAUGGCUGAUCAUGAAGUUUUUUGGUCUAUGCGCGAGUUGCAGAGCAGUUUGAUUUUGGAUCUGGGUUGCAUGAAGUCGGUGGCGGGGACACGCUGGGUAAAUCAACAUAUUCGACACCUCAAGGGCUUGGGUCGCUGGAUGAAGGCCACGAAGGAGAGUGAGAGUUUUCGUUUUGGGGAUGGUCAUGAACUCAAGAGUUGCUUCUCCUUCACCUUUGAGGCCACUGUCUUGGGGGUUCCCGUCAUCCUGCGACUCAGUGUGGUUCCUGGUAAUUGCCCUCCCUUGUUGUCGAAGCCUGCAUGCUCCCAGCUCAGUUUUGUAAUCGACACCGAGAACAACACAGUGUCUUCCAAGAAGUUAGGUGUUGUGAAGUAUGGCCUCGCGGAAACAUAUGGAGGACACUAUGCGGUGCCCAUUGCAGAGUUCCAUGAGAGCAUGAGAGUGGUGUGUGAUCCUCCAGUACCCGGGCACUUGGAAGCUGUCCCCGUCUAUGUCAGUGAACAAGCCCUGAGCCCCCCCGAAGCCGUCGAGCCGGUGUUACCAUCGUCCGGAUUGCGGUCAUGGACAUGUCAUGACAGAGCAGUGUCAAACACUGUGGGCCCCGGAAAGGCUGGUCCCCCGUGGUGCGUGGUGGUUCGUCGUCUCGUUUACGACACGUUGACGGGAGAGCAGUUGCUGGAUGAAGCGGUGGACUCCCGAACCACCAUCCGAAAGCCUUGGCCCCAGAAGCUUGACACUACGACGAUUUUCCUGUACCGCAAUUACGGCUCCUCCAGCGGUUUUGUUGGUGAGCCCAACCCCAUGGGGACCGAGCUGCCUUGUCGACAUCGCAUGAACACGGAUUCAGAGGCCGAGGAAGCCGAGGAGCACGACAGUGGAACACCGAGUGGAUGGGAGGGCGUGCGCCCCGAAGGAGAGGUCUCCAAGGCGAUCCUCGAGGCCCGCGCGAAGGAGCUCGAGGACAAGUUGUGGAGGCACAUGGACCCGCGGACGAUCCACACGCCCGGCUCCAAGGCGACAAAGCUGUAUUGGGCGACCCGGGUGGAGGAGCUGGAGAAGGAAUGGCGUCUUUGCCAGAUGACGCCCGAGGAGAUGGAGCUGGACAGGCUGUCCCAGGAUGGCGAGAACGACUCCGAGCAGGGGGACCAGGAGGCGAUCGACGUGGAGGCCCUCAAUUGGAGAGCAGCGAGAAGGCCGAGCUCAGCGCCCUCUACCUCCACGACCGGAGCUCGAGGAAAAGGAGCCUUGAAGGUGAAGGCCUUGACGGACCAUGCGGCUCCCUUCCCCUCCCUCUCGAACAAGUUCUCGGACGACGUCGUGAUCAACCUGGCGCUGAGCCUUCAGGGACAGCUCUUCGCGUUCAAGUGGAAGAUGUUCACCUGGAUGUUGAGGGAACCCAAGGUGGUUGAUGCUGUUGUUCGGGAGGCAAGUGGCCUCGAUGUGGGGCCAUCUCGGAUCGGCCCGGCAGCUGUGCAACGAUCCCCGCCAGGCCCACCUGAUGCACGGGACCCCAAGCUCAUCCGACGCCCCUCCCGAGGGCUCACGCAGAAGCUGAGACGAGGUGCAGGCCAGGGACAGAAGGCUUUGGGGAUUUUGACGUUGGUGGCCGCCUGGCAAAGCAAGUGGUCAGUCCUGGAAGUGUUUCCGACGGGCCUGGAGACCCAAAGCACUAGGGCUGGCGGCUGGGCACACCAAGGACCGCUGUGGACCGACGACAAGCCUCCGACUUGGAGGCAGUGCCGACAACUUCGAGAUAAGGUCGUGGAGGCCAAGCCGGAUGUCCUCGUGCUGUGCCCCCCUGCAGGACCUUGGUCUCCCUGGUCGUCGGCAUCUUCAAUGACUCAGGCUCAGUUGCGGCAGCAGAAGGUGAAGUACUGGCCUAUGUGGUACCUCAUCGGCGAAUUGUGGGCCGAGCAAUGCGCCAACCAUCGGUUGGUGAUCCUUGUGGUGCCGAGUAAGAUGAGGCCGCCCGACCCAGAUGAGCUACGUCGGCUUCACAGUGACCAUUAUGUGGGAGGUGGACGAGGACUGGACCCGGGACUAUAUGAAGGUGAUCAACUUCGGGACCCCAAGUUCGAGACGAAGGUGGAUAUGUGUGAAUGGGGAACUCUUGAUCCCGAGAGCCAACGGCCCUUCAAGAAGUCAUGCCGGGUGGAAGUCAAUGAUCCUUGGUGGUGUGCUCAGCUAUCGGCUGGAGGAGUUUGCCGCCAUGCCCCCGGAGCUCAUCAAGAGGUCUGCGGGCACACCUAUGACGCCAACGGACGGCGGGUGGCCCGAAUGGAGAUCGCUCAGGUCUGGCCCCCCAGAUGGUUUCAACAUCUAUGUGAGACGGCGCAGGCCACCCUGGAAGCACGGACGGCCCCUACGAUGACUAUGGCCCUCCACCAAGAAUGCUCCAAGGAGGUGGAAUGGGAAACUGUUCCGGUGGAGGUGGAACAGUCUCCAGAAGGGCAGCUACGGCAAAACCUGGGCGAGGCAACGGGCUACCAGUACGACUACAUCUACUUCGAGGGUGCGAGCGCCUCGUUGACCAAACCCCUCCGCAAUACCUUGGCGAAGCUUCACGUGGCCCUGGGCCACAUUUCUCAGGAAAAGCUAAAACGAAUGUUACAUCUACAAGGUGCCAAGGACCACAUCAUUGCAGCGGUGGGCGACCUUCGUUGUCAAGUAUGUCAAGCGGUCACGGCCCCACGCGCCCCUCCCAAGGCCGCUUACGGGAAGCCCCAAAGAUUCAACCAGCGGGUCCUCGCCGAUGUGUUCUUCAUCUGGGACUCCCAAAAGACGAAGUAUGCGGUCAUCCAUGCCGUGGACGCCUUUUCCUUGUAUCAGGUGGCCUCGCUCAUGCCCACGGCCAAAUCGAACCUUGUGGCUCACUUCAUGAAGAACUACUGGAUUGGUGUGUUCGGGCCACCGGAGAUCUUUAUGAGUGAUGGUGGGUCCGAGUUCGCAGCGGAGACGGAGUCUCUGAUGAGAGCAUAUGAUGUGUUCCACGAGGUGGUCCCCCCAACGGCAAAGCGGCGAAUGGGUUUGGCCGAGCGGCACGGAGCAGUGCUCAAACUCUUGACGAUGAAGACCAUCCAGGCGGUCACGGCCCAAGGCUACAGCGAGGUCAAGGCGCGCGUGGUCAGUGCGGCCGCGGCGCGAAACCGCCAAGCCCGAGUGUCGGGUUUCUCCCCAACACAGAUCGUGCUGGGGAAGGACGUGGCCAUCCCCUCCUCUCUCCUGGACCAGUUGGAGAAGGGACACUUCCGCUAUGUGCUGAACCAGGACCUCGCCUUCGACGAGGCCCGGAAGAGGAACGAGCAGAUUCGUCACGCCGCGGAGCAGGCCUUCAUCUGGAUGGACGCGAACGAGACCUUGCGCAAGGCGAUCAAUGCCAAGACGAGGCACCCCCGGAUGGAGUUUCUGUACGAGGGGGCGAACGUCUACUUUUACGAGCCGCCAGCGGCGCGAUACGCCGAGGUGGAGUCGUCGAAGGUGUGCCAGAAAGCUCUCCAUGAGCUGGAGAAGGAACUCGAAGGUGGACGCCCCGAGGUCGAGGAGAUGUCCGACAACCCCGACCGCGAGGAGAUCCUGGAGCCCAUGGAGUUCAGCGACGACAGCACGGAGGAAGCAGCGGCCCCACCCGAGGACCAGCGGUACUCCCACUUAGACGACGUGCCUCUGCAGUUCCGGAAGGACAAGCGCGAGAGCGUGGCAGCCGCUCCGGGGCCCGUGAAACGAGUGAGAUUUGAGGACGCCAAGAAGGACGCCCAAGAGCACCUGGACAAGGUGAAGGCCCUGGAUGUGAAGUAUGAGCCGGGCGCACGAUCGAGGGAGACCCCUGAAGACAAUGACGCCAUCGAGCCGGUGCCCCUUGCGAAGCCAGUGCCCCCGGAGAAGAUUCUCCCGUCACGUUUCGUCCUCACUAACAAGAGCGACGACCCCGAGCUGGAGAAGGCCAACCUACGGGCUAGAUGGGUUCUAGCGGGCCACCUGGACAAGGAGGCUGGACAAUACGCCACGGAGGCCCCUACGGCAAGCUUGGUGGGUCACAACUUGGUUUGUUUCGUGUCGGUCCAGAUGGGGUGGAAAAUGAAGUACGCCGAUAUCUCCUCAGCUUUUCUUCAAGGAGAGAAGCUGGAUGAUGAGCGGGUUGUCUAUAUCAAGAUGCCCCGCGGCUACCCAGAGGAGGUUUGUGAUCACCUUCGCCACCGACUCGGGGAGCGCAUGACAGGCAGCAUCCGUACGGAUGUUGUGCGACUCACCAAGGGUGGCUUCGGCUUGGCGGAAAGUCCCCGUCUGUGGUACCUGCGUUUGAAGCGGGGACUCGUGAGUCUGGGCCUCAAAGAGCUGAAGCUGUCUCCUGGGACCUUCGUCCUGCGCCUGAAGGGUAAACUUCGGGGCAUCCUGUCCAUCCACGUGGACGACCUGAGGAUGGCCUUCGACCGCAUGGCCGAGGCCCUCCUGGAGAAGCUGAGGACCGUCUUCCACUUUGGUGAAUGGAAGGAUGCCACGGCCGAGACGGUGAAGUUCUGUGGACGAUGGGAGCGCCAGUGCCCCGACACCUUCAAGGUCACGAUCACGAUGGACGGCUACGCACCCAAGCUGAAGGAUGCUCCGGAAAGGGACAGCAAGGACCGCGCGCCCCUCACCGAUGCUGAAAAGAAGUGGGUGGCCUCAGUUGGAGAGCAAUUGAAUUGGAUGGCCCGACAAGGCCGGGCAGACCUCGCCUACGGCAUCUCUCGGGUGCAGCAGAUGGCGGGAGCGCGCGACCCGGACACGAUCAAGAUGCUGAACCAGCUCGUCAAGAAGGCCCGCGAGCCCUACGAGUUGAUUUACCAGCGCCUCCCCGGUACCGUCGAGGACAUGGUGUUCCUGGCCGUGAGCGAUGCUUCCCACGGCAGCAUGCCAAAAGGACGGUCCCAGGGAGGGAUGAUGAUUCUGGUCGCCAACAAGGAGAUCUUGGAGGGCGAGAGCUUAGUGAACUGCCUCCUCUACCAUAGUGCCGUGCUCAAGCGUGUGGUCCGAUCGUCUCUGGCAGCGGAAAUUUCUCAGGCGGCCGAGACCCUGGACCAGUGUGAGUAUGUACGUGCCAUGAUGGCAGAGGUCUGGGACCCGCAGUUCACUUUGCAACUUUGGCGAUGGUCAGCUGCUCGCUGGCCGGAAGUCCUCGUCCUCGACUCCAAGACCGGAUACGAUGUGUUGAACAGCAUCAGCAACGGCGAGGACAAGCGCCUGGCCAUUGACGUGGCGAUGAUCAAGGAGGCCAUCUUUGAGGAGGACUCCAAUCGUUGGGUCCGCUGCGUUCCCGGCCUCACCAUCCCCGCGGAUGGCUUGACGAAGGAGUACGGCAACCCCGUCCGCGACAAGGUCAUGAAGGGCGGGCCCUGGAGUCUUAAAGAUUGCGAAGAAGCUCAACGCCUCCGUGAGGAAGCCGGGUUUAGAAAGCGCAAAUGUAAAGAUCGUGCGCGAGCCAGAGAGAAGGCUUUUGAGGAGACUCGCCUGAAAGUGCAGUCUCCGCCCAAUGUGUCAGCAGCUCCAAGUGGGGUUGGUGUGGAAUUCUCACUUUGA